AUGGCGACACCUAGUGCAACUCAGCAGAAACCAAUUCACUCGCUCAUUCUAGAUACUGGUCCAUUGAUCAAGAAUACCGUCUCGAUAUCUACGAUUAUCAACACUGCCGAGGAACUUUGGACCACCCCUGCCAUUCUGUCUGAGAUCCGCGAUGAAGCGACACGAUCACGUGUGCAGACAACGCUGAUUCCUUUUCUGAAAAUCAGGAACCCUAGUCCAGCAAGCUACGAUGCAGUCAUUGCAUUCAGUAAAAAAACUGGUGAUCAUGCAGUUCUGAGUAGACAGGAUUUGGGUAUCUUAGCUCUGGCUUAUGAGGUGCACUGUGAAAGGAAUGGUGGGAACUGGGGUCUAAGAGAGGUACCGAAGGGAGAAAUCAAGAGGAGGCCCGAAGAAAUUGAAAGGGACAACGAGGAAAAGGCGCAAAGAGAGGGCUCUUCAAGUUCCACAAAGAAGCGCAAGAAUAGGCGAAGGGCGGGCAAAUUAGCCAGCAAUGCUGCCGAAGAUGCAGCUGAAGAAGCGACAGAGGGCGGGCAGAUUGACGCCGAAUCUGCCGAGCCAGAGGCGGAAGACGAGGGUUGGGAACAGCCUACAGGCAAGCGGGCAGCGAAGGCCAGAGCGCCCAAGUCCACCAAAUUCAACUUCAAGCCUGCCGAGGAGGUCGAAAACAACCCAGAACAGGCAAACCGAUCAGAAGAGCAAGCCGAAUUAGUCGAGAUAGACGAAGAAGAGGGUGGUGUAAAAGUUACCCAAGAGCAGGUUGAGGAACAGAUACAUGAGCAGGUCGUUGCACAGGCUCAAGACCAAGUCCGCGAACAAGUGCAAGACCAAGUUCACGAGCAGCUUGACAAGCAGGUUCAGGGAGAGCUCGAUCCUCAUGCCGUGGAGCAAGUUGAAGAGAAACUCGAAGAGCAGGUCCAAGAACAAGUUCAGGAGCAACUUCGAGAACAGGCUGGUGACCAAGGGCCGAUCGAACAGUCAGCGACAGUCGAGGUACCCACCACCAACAUCCACAUCGAACAGGAAGCAGAGCUUUCACUUCCUUCUGAGCAACCUGGGAAUGAGCAGCAGUCAGGCCAAGAGGUCAGCUCAGAUGAGCCAAACCUUGAGCGAGACAUCGAGGACCUCUCGAUUUCUCAUGGUGCUACUCAACAACCCACGCCCCCAACAACCGAUGACUCUGCUGCGGACUCAGAUUCGGAUGGUGACUGGAUAACCCCUCAGAAUCUCACCGAGCACCAAGCCAAAGACGGUGUCAUGCAGCCCCAGAUCCACAUAGCCGCCAAUCGCCAACUGGAUGUAGCAACCAUGACCAUCGAUUUUGCGAUGCAGAACGUGCUACUCCAGAUGAAUCUCCAACUCCUCUCAACAAACAUGCAGCGUAUCAAAAACGUCAACACGAAGGUGCUCCGCUGCCACGCAUGCUUUAACAUCGUAAAGCAAAUGGACAAGCAAUUCUGUCCCCGCUGUGGUCAAGCCACCCUGCAGCGUGUGACCUGCUCCACAAACGCGGCCGGAGAGUUUAAGAUCCACCUGGCCAGAAACUAUCAAUACAACAAGCGAGGCGACAAAUACAGUAUCCCUAAGCCCAUUGCUGGUACUGCGAACACCAAGUGGAGUCAUGGUCAGGGCGGAGGCAAGGGUGGUUGGGGCAGGGAUCUUAUCUUGGCGGAGGACCAGAAGGAAUACACAAGGCGUACAGAGGAAGAUAAGCGGACUAGAACAAAGGAUCUCAUGGACGAGAACUAUCUGCCGGGCAUCUUGACAGGUGAUCGGGGUAGGGCUGGUGGCAGAGUCAAGGUGGGCGCGGGCAAGAACGUCAAUUCAAAGAAGAGGGCUUAG